CAACAACUUUUUACUGUGCUGUUCCCGUUCGAGUCGUAUGGAGUGGCCUAGAGACCUAAUUUUUAUUUUUUGUCCGCGUUUUGCGCGAAAUAGUUUUUCCCGAAAAAGUGAAGCCAGCGAAUAAACAAUAGCCCAGAAGGCGAAAGCCAAGAAAGUGAGAGUGAAAGUAAACAAAGCGGAAAAGAACGAACUGGCGUUAAUUGUGUGUGUAUUUAAUAUUUCCGAUGCGUCCAUAACGGGAGUGUGUUUUUGGAUCCCCUCCAUCCUCUCCGUAUUCGACUUUCGCUGAAUUUCAAUGUGCAAUUUUGUUUAAAAAUUAACACAAAGUGGGAAGAUAGCGUUGUGUCAUAGAAUUGGAGCAAAAGCAAAAAACAAUUAGCAAAGGCAAACGGAAAAACAACAACACAGAAUGCCCAGUAGAAGCCCAGUACAUAUGUACAUAUAGUAUACAUAGUAGGAAUUGCAAUUUAUAGUUGUUGUUUUCAAGAGCUUUCGCUUGUUGCGCGCGUGCGACGAUUGUGCAAGAAGUUUUUGUGUGUGUAAAGUCGGGAAGAGGAAAUAGCAGAGAAUAGAAGCAGAAUAACAUGGGAAUAAAUACAAAAUAAUUGAAAUAAAAAAAAAUAAAUCGCCAAAUGCGUUCGGCGUUGCGUGUGUGUGCGUGUGCUAAAAUAUGCUGAAAAAGCUCUCGGAGAGUAAGAGAGAGAGCGCGAGAACGAUCGGGAGAGACAGCAACAACGAUCGGCGAAAUGAAUCACACGCAAGCUUUGUUUUGCGAAUUAUAAAUUCGCGUUCUCCACAUAUGCGAAUUCCCACACUGAGAGCAAGACAGAGAAAGAGGGAGAGCAGCAACAGCUACAACAACAAAACCAAUACAUAAUAAUAGAACUUUUGCUUUCGGUUCCAACUGGUUUUUGUAUACAUAAAAAGAGAGAGAGAGAACUCUUCUUCUUCCGCGAUCUUCGUCUUCGAAUUCAUGGAAACCGGGCGCAUGCGCAAAACAAAAACUACAAAAGAAACAACAACGACGUCAGCUGCAUGAAAGGUCUUUAAAGCAAUUUUAAACUCAAUAAUACUAUCGUUACCUGCCAUUACAAGUCAAAAACCAAUCCCACACAUCACAACGAAACGUACAAACAAUUAAAGUUAAAUUAUAACAAAAUGGAUACCUUCAAUGUACCUAUGCUGGCGGAAAGCAGCAGCAACACAUAUGCAACAGAAGCUACCAGCAACCAUCACCACCUGCAACAUCAGCAGCAGCAACAGCAACAGCAACAUCAACAACAGCAGCAGCAGCAACUCUUAAUGCCACACCAUCACAAGGAUCAAAUGCUGGCCGCUGGCAGUACCCCGAUGUUGCCCUUUUACUCCCACUUGCAAUUGCAACAGAAGGAUGCAACAGCAACAAUGGGAUCGGAAGCAGCAACAGUGGCGACAGCUGCAACAUCGGCAACUGCAGAUAACUUCAGUUCCUUACAAACGAUCGAUGCCAGUCAAUUGGAUGGUGGAAUUUCCUUAAGCGGCUUGUGCGAUCGAUUCUUUGUGGCCAGUCCAAAUCCCCAUAGCAAUAGUAAUAUGACACUAAUGGGCACUACGACAACAGCAACAACUACUACUACCAAUAAUAAUAAUAUAAAUAACAACAACAAUAAUAACAAUAACAACAACAUUGUGGAGGCUAAGGCAGUGAGGCCAUCGAACGGCGGUUCGGUGAUCAUCGAAUCUGUGACGAUGCCAUCGUUUGCCAAUAUUUUAUUUCCCACCCACCGCACCGCCAACGAGUGCAUUGAUCCCGCCCUGUUGCAAAAGAAUCCCCAAAACAACACCACUGGCACUAGCAUUAUUGUGCCGCCCGUUGAAUAUCAUCAAUUGAAACCACUUGCAGUCAAUUCAUCGACAUCCGUUUCCACCAGUAAUUUCCUUUCCUCCACCACGGCUCAAUUGUUGGACUUUGAAGUGCAGGUGGGUAAGGAUGAUAGUCACAUAAGUACCACCACCACAGGUACAGGAACAGGAUCGGGAUCGGGUUCGGUUUCGGGAUCUGGUGCAACAACAAUAUCCACAGCAACACCAACAACAAUAACGACUACAUCCAAUAAUAACACUGCCAAUCCGUCAAGGAGCUCAUUGCACAGUAUUGAGGAGCUGGCCGCCAGUUCCUGCGCCCCAAAAACAACAUCUCCCAACAGCAGUGCCAGUACAACACCGCAGCAACAUCACCAGCACCAGCAGCAGCAGCAGCAGCAACAUCACAUGCAAAGCGGCAAUCACAGUGGCUCCAAUCUCAGCACCGACGAUGAAUCCAUGUCCGAGGAUGAAUUCGGUCUGGAAAUCGACGAUAACGGAGGCUAUCAGGACACCACCUCCUCGCAUUCACAGCAAAGCGGCGGAGGCGGUGGCGGCGGCGGUGGCAACCUGCUCAAUGGCAGCUCCGGCGGCAGUUCCGCCGGCGGUGGCUACAUGCUGCUCUCCCAGGCGGCCAGUUCCAGUGGCAAUAAUAACAAUCCGAAUGCCGGUCACAUGUCCUCCGGUUCCGUGGGCAACGGCGGCCCCGGCAACAAUGGCGGAUCGGGCGGCAACUCCGGGCCGGGCAACCCGAUGGGCGGCACAAGUGCAACGCCGGGCCACGGCGGCGAGGUGAUCGACUUCAAGCACCUGUUCGAGGAGCUGUGCCCCGUGUGCGGCGACAAGGUGAGCGGCUACCACUACGGCCUGCUCACCUGCGAGUCCUGCAAGGGCUUCUUCAAGCGCACCGUGCAGAACAAGAAGGUCUACACCUGCGUGGCGGAGCGAUCGUGCCACAUCGACAAGACGCAGCGCAAGCGGUGUCCCUACUGCCGAUUCCAGAAGUGCCUCGAGGUCGGCAUGAAGCUGGAGGCUGUUCGAGCGGAUCGGAUGCGGGGUGGACGCAACAAAUUCGGACCCAUGUACAAACGGGAUCGAGCGCGGAAGCUGCAGGUCAUGCGGCAGCGGCAGUUGGCGCUGCAAGCUCUGCGCAACUCGAUGGGUCCGGACAUAAAGCCAACGCCGAUCUCGCCGGGCUACCAGCAAGCAUAUCCAAAUAUGAACAUUAAGCAGGAAAUUCAAAUACCUCAGGUAUCCUCACUCACCCAAUCGCCGGAUUCAUCGCCCAGCCCCAUAGCCAUUGCACUGGGACAGGUGAACGCGAGCACGGGUGGUGUGAUAGCCACGCCCAUGAACGCCGGGAACGGCGGCAGUGGGGGCGGUGGUCUCAACGGACCCAGUUCCGUGGGCAAUGGCAAUAGCAGCAACGGCAGCAGCAGCGGCGGCAACAACAACAGCAGCACGGGCAACGGAGCGUCGGGCGGCGGAGGAGGUGGUGGCAACAAUGCGGGCGGCGGAGGAGGAGGCGGAGGCGGAGGCACCAAUUCCGUCGACGGCCUGCAUCGCAACGGCGGCAAUGGCAACAGCAGUUGCCACGAGGCUGGAAUAGGAUCUCUGCAGAACACGGCCGACUCGAAAUUGUGCUUUGAUUCUGGCACACAUCCAUCGAGCACAGCCGACGCGCUAAUCGAGCCAUUAAGAGUCUCACCGAUGAUUCGUGAAUUUGUGCAAUCGAUCGACGAUCGGGAAUGGCAGACGCAACUAUUUGCCCUGCUGCAGAAGCAAACCUACAACCAGGUGGAGGUGGAUCUCUUCGAGCUGAUGUGCAAAGUGCUCGACCAGAAUUUGUUCUCGCAAGUAGACUGGGCACGCAACACCGUCUUCUUCAAGGAUCUGAAGGUCGACGACCAAAUGAAGCUGCUGCAGCAUUCCUGGUCGGACAUGCUGGUUCUGGAUCACCUGCACCAUCGAAUCCACAACGGGCUGCCCGAUGAGACGCAACUGAACAACGGCCAGGUCUUCAAUCUGAUGAGUCUGGGAUUGUUGGGUGUGCCACAGCUGGGCGACUACUUCAACGAGCUGCAGAAUAAGCUGCAGGAUCUGAAAUUCGAUAUGGGCGACUAUGUCUGCAUGAAAUUCCUAAUCCUGUUAAAUCCAACUGUACGGGGUAUUGUCAACCGGAAGACCGUCUCCGAGGGACAUGAUAAUGUGCAAGCAGCUUUGUUGGAUUACACUCUCACCUGCUAUCCGUCAGUUAAUGACAAAUUCAGAGGGCUUCUAAACAUCUUACCGGAAAUCCAUGCAUUGGCCGCCCGUGGCGAGGAUCACCUGUACUCCAAGCACCGUGAAGGCAGUGCGCCCACCCAAACGUUGCUCAUGGAGAUGCUGCACGCCAAGCGUAAGGUGUAGAGGCCGGCGGAACGUGACACGGAAUACUUAAUCAUUUAUGAAAUGUAAAUAACAAGGCGGGGAGGAGGAGUUGGAGGAGUCCCCCAAGGCAGCCAGGAUGUGGAAGGCGAACGGAGGAUACAGAAUUCCAUGUUAUGAAUAUGGGAAUGCAUCAUCACUACUACCACCAACACCACCAACUAUCACACCUAUACACACACAUGCACACAUUUGUUGAUUCAAUGUUAAUUAUUAUUACGUUUACGGUUAGGUCUAGUUUACGUUUAACUAAUUAAUUAAUUUGUCUUAAAUUAAUUCGUGUUUUAUUUGUAGUCCCUGAUAAAGCAAUUUUUAAAACACUUGAACCUAAACGAGAAUAUGUAGAUGUAUGGAUAUAAAUUUAAAUUCGGCAAGGAGAACCAUAACUUUCUUUAGCCAUUACAAAACAAAAAAAAAGCAUGAGAAAUUUUAUUUUUAUAUACCUAUAUGAAUACGAUACUUAUGGAUAAAAAUCUAUAUAUAUUUUUAUGUAAAUUGGCGUAAUUUUAAGCGUCCUACAACAUUUUAAUUAGUAUUUGGUUUUACUAUAGUUUUCAAAUUAUUUUCGAUUCCACUUGUAGAUCGAUUCUUGUAUUUUUUUGCGCCAAGUGUCUUGCAUAGUAUUUGCGUCUAAUCUAAUGGCAACAACAACAACAAAAAACGGAAAAUCCAUACAAAGAAAAUGAAAAUAAAACAAAUUUAGGUGUUCAUGGUAUGAAUGUAUGUGUAUAUUAUAACUGUAAUUUCAUCUAAAUGUAAGAAAACAAUGCAAACAACUACCUACAACAAGAUAAAGAAGAGCAAGAAAUUAUAUAAAUUAAUAAAGAUCGUGUUAAAAACUAUAUAGUAAAUAUAUACUUACAUAUAUAUUUAAAUUUAGCAGCAAGUUUCAACUAUUUGUAAAUUUCAAUCGAGAUGUAAUUGUUUCAAUGUCAGCAACCAGAAAGUGUAAAGCUUAUAUUAAAAAUACAAAAUAUAUUUUGUGCAAGAAAAAUGAUAAAUCAGCUAAACGGUAAAAGAAAAUUAUAAUAAAAAACAAAAACAAUCUAUAUAACAAUUAAAAAGUAAAAGUAAAAGAUGCUUAGUCAUGAAUUUGGGCAAUGAGACGGAACAGAAAUCGAAUUAAAGAAAAACAAGAAUAUUGUAAAAAUCAAAAAUCGAAAUAAACAAACCAAAUAAACUAUAUUUAAUGAAUAUCUUUUGUUGAAUAUACUUUUAGUUCGAAUAUUAGGUUACCUGGCCUAUGUUUUUUUUAUUUUUUUUAUUACGCUAAAUUAAUUUUAUUAAUAUUCUCGCAAAUUCUAGAUUUGUCCUUCAUUUCGUGUCAAUCUAAUCAUUGCCUUAAUUCUUGCCUAGGCAUUGCGCUUAAACAAAACGUACCUUAUAAAAUUAAACAAAUAUAAAACUCCAGAUUCAGUAAAUAGACACAAAUUACCACACACAUUUCAAAUUUAAAGUCGUUAAAAGAUGUAAAAAAAAAACAACGGAGGUAGCUGAUAAUUUCCCGAAAAUUAUACAAAAUUCUGAUAGACGCAAGAUAAUUGAGAGGCAAGAAAUACAAAAACGAAAGCACGACGACAUCUAUAUAGGUUUGCCUAGGUAUACAUUAUAUAUUUAGGUCUCUAGUUGGUAUGUAUAACAUCUGUAUGUAUUAUAAAAUGUAAAAAGUAAACAAAAAUAUGGGUAAAUAAUGUAAAAGUUGGCAAUGAGAGUUGACAAGCUAGUGGAUCAGUUAUAUUUAAAGAUGAUAAGUAAAGGGCAAACAUUGUUGACGUCUAACGUAACGCUGGCGGCAUGUUGUUGAAAACACGUUAAUAGAAGGAAGGGAAAGGAGGGAUCGAUAUACACAUACAAAUAUAUAAAUGUUUAUUCAGGUAUGAAUGGAGUUAGGUAUGUUUAUUGUAAAAUUGAUUACGAUGUGAACCUGUUAUUGCAAAUGAAAAGUGAUUUUAACUAUUAAGAAAAUCUAUAUAUAUACUAUAAACCCAUAAAAAGGAUCUAACAGUUAUACAUUAAAUGAUUAAUAUAAAAAUGCAAGCAACACACAUUAUAAGUUUAAAAAACUGUUAAAAAUGCAAAAAAAAACAAA